AUAAUCUGUGGAUGCUGGUGUGAAUGCGAAAAACUGAUAGGUACCUACAGUAAAAGAAAUAGAUUAAAGAUUGUCUAAUGAUUGUGCUUGUGGUGUGAGUAAUUAAUUAAGUUUAGCAGUAAAUUGUCCCUCUCCAUUUACAUAAUUUUAAAAUGGAUAAAAGAAAGUUAUCGACUGCGGGAGAUAGUCUCUAUCAAAUAUUACAAGUACCCAAAACCGCAACGGCUGAUGAUGUCAAGAAAAGUUAUCGUAAAUUGGCUUUAAAAUAUCACCCAGAUAAAAAUCCGAAUAAUCCUGAAGCAGCAGAUAAAUUUAAAGAGGUAAAUCGUGCUCACACAAUCCUGAGCGAUGCUACUAAAAGGAAUAUUUAUGACAACUACGGCUCUCUCGGACUUUACAUCGCAGAACAAUUUGGAGAGGAAAACGUCAACGCCUAUUUUGUCGUUACAAGCACUUGGUGCAAAGCAUUGUUUGUUGUAUGUGGUAUUUUGACCGGUUGUUACUUCUGCUGCUGCUUAUGUUGCUGCUUUAAUUGCUGCUGUGGAAAAUGUAAACCCCGCCCUCCAGAAGAAUCCGGUGACUAUCAUACGUUGGAGCGUGAUGACUCAGAUGGUGUGCAGCCGGUAACAAUGCAACCCGGUGGAGAAGGGCGUCCCAGUGGCGAACAAGCGCCACCAAUUGCGAUGCCUGCUCCUCCUGCUCCUGGCGUGUCAGAAAAUACCGGCCUCAACACAGGAAGCAGUAUUCCAAAAUACACUUGAAGUGUUUUCACCUAGUCUAAAGUAAAAUGUAAGAGAAAGAGGAACUGACUAUAACCACCACAAUUGCAACUUAUGUAAGCCUUAACUUAGAUUUUUUUAUGUAAUUUUUAUUUCUUAAUAUAGUUUUUUUUUGUAUAUUUAUUUUAAUUUCCUUAUUUAUGAUUAAAAUUAAAUUUUGUUGAAUAAACUGUUUAUUGUUAUUAACAAAUGUAAAAUUAGACUUAUGUAGCAUCACUGGCGUAAAAACCACAUAAUAAAUAUAAAAAGGUU